AUGGCUAGUAUAGCAGACAUCAUUGUAGCUUUGACUUCGGACCGAUCAGGUUUUCAAGACCAUUUAACUAAUUUAUGUUUCACGGAUGGCCUACAACCUUCAAGUAAUAUUCAAGCAGCCUAUCAAGCAGCUGCAUUUGAACUCACGUUGACUAUAGCUAUUGUCAGUGGACUUUUUACUGGAAUACUAUUACGGUUGUCUAUCUUUGUCCAGAAGUCACGAUAUUUCGAUGAUGAAGCCAAUUGGUAUAUACCUGAAGAAGCGGUAACUUACUAUAUAGAAUACAAAAUACCAUAUUCUGCGUAA